AUGAGCGCCAAGAAGUGUGCUCGUGAGGAGUGUGGGAAAACCGUCUAUCCUUUGGAAGAACUCAAGUGUUUGGAUAAGGUUUGGCACAAACAGUGUUUCAAGUGUACAGUAUGCGGGAUGACACUGAAUAUGAAAAAUUACAAGGGCUACGAUAAAAUGCCUUACUGUGAACCACAUUACCCAAAAACUGUUGCAUCUGUGGUUACCGACACUCCUGAAAUGCGGCGGGUUGCAGAAAACACAAAAAAUCAAAGCCAGGUACAAUAUCAUGCGGCUUAUGAAAAAUCGAAAGGCACGAAGAUUGAAGUUGCGGAUGAUCCGGAAAUGGAGCGACAUCGGAAAAAUAUGCAGGUUUAA